AUGGGAUCUGUGUCGCUGAAGAUCGGCGAUGGAACCGCCAGAUUCCGUCGAACAACCGUUUGCUCCUCCGCCGUCAACCUCCUUAUGCUCUUCUCCGUCGUCACAACCAACCUCUUCGCACUAUACGCCUUCUCCUCCCAUUCCCAAACCAACUCGCCGAUCCACCAUUCCAGCAACAUCUCACUCGUCUCUCAACACCUCUCUCUCAUCCUCCGAGAGAUCGAUUCGUCUCAACAGAAGCUCGCUCAGAUGGAGAAACAGAUCCUCGGCUACGAAUCAAUCGAUCUCUCUCGGCCAAACAUCGUCCCCGAGCUCAAGCUAUUCCUCCAGCGCCAUCAGCUUCCGCUCGGCAAAGACUCGCGCACCGGGAUCACCGAGAUGGUAUCAUCCGUCGGUCACACGUGUGAAAAAUCGUCGGAUUUGCUUUCUCAGUACAUGUCGUACAAAGCGUUCGACAAAUGCCCCGACGAUUGGAGCCUCGGCCAAAAGCUGAUCCUCCGUGCAUGCGAGCCGUUGCCUCGACGGCGGUGCUUGGCGAAAACGGUGCCGAAGCAAGAUCUGAGUCGAUAUCCUGAUUCGCUGUGGAGAUCCGUUAGUAACAAGAGUGUUAACUGGAGUGGCCUCGGCUGCAAGAGCUUCGAUUGCUUGAAAGGUAAGAAACUUAGCCGGGAUUGUGUCGGUUGCUUCGAUUUAGGUAGCGAGAAAGAUAGGUUUGUGAAGGUUAAGGGGAAGAACGAUUUCUUGAUUGACGAUGUGUUGGCUUUGGGAAGUGGGAAGAUUCGGAUAGGGUUCGAUAUUAGCGGCGGAUCAGGGACGUUCGCGGCGAGAAUGGCGGAGAAGAACGUGACGGUGAUCACUAACACGUUGAACAACGGUGGUCCGUUUAGCGAAUUCGUAGCCGCGAGAGGGGUUUUUCCGAUGUUCUUGAGUUUGGAUCAUAGGUUUCCUUUCCAUGACAAUGUGUUGGAUCUCAUCCAUGGCUCUAGCGGAUUGGAUGUUGAAGGUAAAGCUGAGAAGCUGGAGUUCUUGAUGUUCGAUCUUGAUCGGGUGUUGAAGCCCGGUGGGUUGUUCUGGCUGGAUAACUUCUUCUGUGCAAGCGAGGAGAAGAAGAAAGAGCUUACUCGUUUGAUAGAGAGGUUUGGGUAUAAGAAGCUGAAAUGGGUUAUCGGAGAGAAAGCUGAUGCUCAAGUGUAUCUCUCGGCUGUUCUGCAAAAGCCGGUGAGAGUUUGA